UGGUAGGCUCUGUAAAAGUACUAGUUAUGCUUGGCUUAAAACAAUGUUGACGCUUUGCAGUGCUUGUUUAUCUACCUGAGAAUUUGUCAGAAACCCCAUGAAUGUGUGUAUGCUCUCUCUCUCAUAGUCAUAGCAUGGGUGAGAAGCUUGCUAAUUAACCCACCUUUCUUUCUCUGCACACGCACAAUUCGCCGCUGCAGUUUUCAGCUCAAAGCUCGAAUCUUGGCUAAUCUACCAAUGCUAUUAUUCCCAUCCAAAUCUAAUUUUGGUUGCUUUCUUGGGCUCGUCAUCAUAUGUGAUGCUUGUGAAUCUCUGUAAAGAAUUUAUUUUACCAAUCAUUUGAUGUAGAACAAUCUAUCAGGCCUAUAUUCAAGUGUGUUUACUCGUGAAAGCAGCAUGAAAUUAAGAUCUAAGAAAGGGUGGAAGUCCAUAGUGCCACUCCGUUUGACUGAAAAAUCAGCUCGACACUUUUGUUUCUUCUCGAAAGUGAAAUCAGAUAAUGAUGGUUCCAAAAGAACUCCAGUGUAUCUAAAUGUGUAUGACUUGACACCCAUGAAUGGUUAUGUCUAUUGGGCUGGCCUAGGUAUAUUUCACUCCGGGGUCGAAGUUCACGGUAUAGAAUAUGCAUUUGGAGCUCACGACUAUUCAUCUAGUGGUGUCUUUGAGGUCGAACCUCGCCAGUGCCCCGGAUUUAAAUUUCGAAAGUCCAUAUCUGUUGGUACGACGUCACUGGAUGCAACUCAGGUCAGGGAGUUUAUGGAACGUCAAGCUGCAAAUUACAACGGUGAUACAUAUCACUUGAUUGUAAAGAACUGCAACCAUUUCUGCAAGGACAUUUGUUACAAGUUAACAGGAAAAAGAAUCCCACGAUGGGUAAAUCGACUAGCCAAAUUAGGUUCGAUCUUCAACUGUGUCUUACCUGAGGCCCUUAAAAUUACUGCUGUGCAACAUGAGCCAAAAUACCAAGCGUACGACAACAGUGAGAAAACGAGGCUUAGAAGUACUUUCAGCUGUCUGUCCUCAAUUUCCUCAAGGCAGAAGCAGCUUUCCACAUCGUCUUUGCUACUACAGUCCCCCUUGAAAGGAUGUCUCCGACCGUGGGAACUAAGAAGGUCUGCUAAUGGUUCGUUCAAGGAAAGGUAAUAGAAAAGAUAUAUUUCAAAAUAUGGUCUUUGCCUGGAAAUAUCCUGUCGGUUUCUACGGAGGCAAAUAUGCACGAAUCUUGAAAGCAGUCAUUUCCCUUUUGGUAAUUCUUUCCGCAAUUAUAGCUGUGUAUUCUAUGUCAAUAUCAAAUAGUGAUUGUUGUAAAUCAACUAACUCCGUGUCAAGUGUCAAGUGUUGUCGUGUGUGCUCAGACGUACACGAUAUUUGAUUGUGUAGACUCUAGUCAAGUUCAUAGUAUGAGAGCAAACUUAGUAUGUACUUGAGGUACCAUAUAUUCUAAGCUAAUGCAAAUUGCAUUGUGCAUGUUGUUCAA